GGUGACAUAAUUUAAAAGAUCCCGGCCAAUUUUUUGCCGUCUCAUUACAAUUUUGUAGAAAAUCAAAUUAAAUCUCCAAAGUCAUCAAGACAAUACAAUCAUACAGAGUACGGAUGAUGGAAAAUGCCAACUAAAAUUACAAGCUCAUAAGUAGGUCACGACAGCCUCCAUAAAAUGGAUCUAAUUUGCCUAGCUAUCAAUCAACUGUACAAACACAAAAACACUUUCAACUUUGCAGAGAGCUUUAUGAGCUUGUAGUAGCAGAGUGGGGAGGUACCAAACAGAGCAAUUGAAGUUGAACAUUAUUAGGUGUUCUAGAUCCUAGGGUGGCAUCUGGAAUCACACUCUUCAAUCAACAAUGAAAUUCUGGGACCUAUUCUUCGUGGCUCUCAUGCCAGUCUUGGAGACCCUCUUGAUUACUCUCCUUGGUUUAUUAAUUGCAACCCAACGAUUUAAUCUCCUGCGAAGCGUUGAAGCAAGGAAUUAUUUAAAUAAUCUUGUGUUUUACAUCUUCACUCCGGCGCUCCUUGUUGCUGAUUUGGCCGAGACAAUCACGUUCAAUCGAUUGGUUGAAAUGUGGUUUUUGUUGGUGAAUAUAUUUUUAACGUUAGUGGUUGGCUCCAUUCUCGGUUGGAUGCUUAAUAAAAUCGCCAAAACCCCCAAACACCUCCGGGGUCUUGUCAAUGGUUGCUGCACUGCUGGGAAUUUGGGGAAUAUGCUUCUUAUCAUUGUCCCAGCAGUUUGUGAACAAAGCAGUAGUAUAUUUGGAGAUUCAUCCACAUGCUCAACUUAUGGACAAGCUUAUGCGGCAUUUUCUACAGGAGUGGGUACAGUUUUUAUAUGGACGUAUCUGUUUAUCGUCAUGGAUACAAGUACGGAUAAGAGCAAUAAAAAAGAGAUUAAUAGUGAUAGUGUAAUAUGUUCUGCUGGAACCCUAGAAAGAUUUCCCCCAAAUAUCACAGAAUCAUUGCUAACUUCAACGGACUCUGUGAGCAUUGACGACCUUUCCAUUCAACCGGAUCAUGAGUUACCAUAUGACAACAAUGGGAGAAAGACACCAAUCUUGGAUAACAUUACAAGUUCAAUUACAAAAUGCAUGGGAUAUGUCAAAGUGGAGACAGUGUUUACACCAUCAACAAUUGCAGUGAUUAUUGGAUUUGCCAUCGGAGCGAUUUCUCCAAUUAAAAAGCUCGUGGUUGGUGAUAGUGCUCCCUUUCGUGUUAUUAUCAGUUCUGCUUCUUUAGUGGGGGAGGCCACAAUUGUGUCUAUGACUUUGGUAGUUGGAGCAAAUCUUCUUGAUGGUUUAAAGAAGUCAGGAAUAAGCAUUUUCUUGAUUAUAGGGAUUAUGGUAGUGCGGUUCAUAAUUUCACCUAUCUUGGGUAUUUUGAUUGUUAAAGCAGCAUAUUAUUGGGGAUUCAUUGGAUCGUAUUCGUUAUAUCAAUUUGUUCUUAUGCUUCAAUAUGCGCUUCCACCUGCAACAAUUGUAGGUACUGUUGCCCAGAUGCUCGGGAAUGGUGAGAGUGAAUGUUCUCUUAUCAUGAUAUGGACAUAUUUCAUUGCAACAUUUAGUCUCACUCUUUGGUGCACCUUCUUCAUGUGGAUGUUGGAGGUAUAGACUAAAAUUAAUCAUGGGUUUCUUUUGCCAAACGGGAAUCAUAUACAGUAUGUAUGUAAGAUCAAAUUGUUUUGAAAUAUAAAAAAAAUGAUUUGUAAUUGUUGCAUAACAAUUUGGAGAACAUUUGUAAGAGUGUCUUGUCAUUAUUUUUCAUUUCCUUUUGUGUUGCACCUUUUUAUUUUUUAUUUUUACAUGUUUCACCUUUCUAUGUCA